AGUUGGUGGUGGGGUGGUUAUCGUGGUGGUCGAGGUGCCUCGCCCGUCCGCGCGAUGCCCCCCACACUCCGCACGCGGCUCUGACGAACGCGCGUCUCGCCAAACGACACGACGCCAUGGCCGUGACGCGAGUCGCUCUUCACGCCUUGGUCGCGAGCGUCCUCGUGGCGCUCUCCAGCGGCGGUUGCUACCAUCGACGUCCCGAGACUUACGUCGACACGCGUGGCCUGGUCCCGGUACGCGUGUCGAGUGGCUGCUUGGACGAGUUUGACGCAGUCCGCGAGGACGGCGAGAGGUGGAGAACCAGCGACUGCAUGAAUUGUUACUGCUCCGGCGACGAGGUACGCUGCUGCCACGCUGCGUUCCGGCCCUUAAUGGGCUUCCCUUCGAGCUGUGAGCCGAUCCUCGACACGAAGGAAUGCGUCUACAAUGUGGUGAGGAAGAAGAACCAUAAAGUGAAGUGUCCCCUCUCGGGGCCUCAGGCGGCAGUGGGGAAGUGAACACUGGGCCCGUCAGCAGCCAGCCAGCCGUCCACAAUCCUCACCACCACCAACACCCAAUAACCACGCGCCAUCACAACCACGCACCCACACGUCUCACCCCCUCCCCACCAACACACACAUACCAUAACCGACUCCCAUUGACCAUUCACCAUGACCAUAGCGCAUCACCCAACAAUACCACACCACAAACACACAAUAACCACUCACCAUCACAACCACACACCCACCCGUCUCCCCCAUCAAAACACACAUACCAUAACCGACUCCCAUUGCCCAGUCACCAUAACCAUAGCACAUCACACAACAAUACCACACCAUCAACACCACGCACCAUCGCCAGAUACCACCAGCUUAUCACAUGCUGCCAUCACCAUCACAGCCACCCUACCAAGUGUUAGGCGGUGCCUCCCUUGGCGCCCACCUCGCCCGCAAUCGCCGGGUCCUAGAAUGACCACGGCGCCAGAUCUGACGAUAAUAUAUUGAGGUCCUUAAAUUUGAAUUCAUGUUUCAGCCACCUGUAAUUAAAGCUGGGUUCUGAAAUAUAACCAGCAAUGAGUUCCUCGUGACUUAAAUAUUAGAUUUUCCCCCAACAAAUUUGCAUUACUUCAGCUCUAAAAACUAAACAUUUACAUUUUCAUAGCCUUGUGAUGAACGCGCUUUGCAGAAAAUUACAAGGGUGUACUGCCCAACAAACAGUCAUCCAUAUCAUCGAGGUCUGCCCUUUAGAAGGUGGAAUUCAAAGAGACCGAGUUUCAUCUCGAUGAUGUGACGGUUGAGUGGCGAGGAGAUGUUGCCUCCCUCGCCUGGCACACAGGAGGUUGUGCGUUCGAUCCCGGACCCCUAUUAUAUAUCUGGAGUUGGUCGCGAGGAUUGUUCUCCGGGUUCCUCCGGUUUUGUCCCUCCUCGAUGGAGGUGUCUGUACGGCAACCACCUCCUGCUUGUGUGGGUGGGAGCAGUCCCACAGAUGAUCAGCCGGUUACAAGUUCUAUGUCGCCCCCAACGUCCUGAAUUCGGAACGAUUCAUGAAGUGGAAGUUGGAAAGGGAGGAUGAGGAGUAGGAGAGGUUCAUGCUCGAUCCUAUCUUAGGUUUAUUCCGCUAGUUUUUAUUGUUGUUGUUGUUGCUACUCUAUCGCUUGUGUGUUUAUCACGUGCCACGCUUCACAAUCACAUUGCAUGUGCAGUACGUCCGGAGUUUCAGAAGUAGGCACCGCUCCAGGUGCUGUGGUCGAAAUGUUGGGUUCUACUCUGGAAGUUCAGAAUAUCUGAAGUUGAUUUAAUAUGCAAUCGGAUGUUCUCCAGCCAUGAUCGAUCCACUGCUGGAUGAAGGCCUUCCAAGCAGCCACCAUCUCAGCAUUUAAGUACUUUAUAUUACAUCGUGUUUGCUUUAGUGAUCUUACAUCGUACUAAUUAGUAAAAUACAUACAACACCA